CCCUAGUCAUUGUUUAGGUUUUCAAAACAUCUCAAAAAUUAUUUUUCAUGAAUUUGUUAAUUUUGAAUAAAGUUUCAAUUCUCCUAAUAUUAAAACAAUCACAAUGACCGAAGUGCAGUUGCAAGAAUUCAAAUUGGAGCCAGACUCCGAACUUCGUUUCGAAGUUGAAUCCAGAAACGAAAAAGUUGUUUUGGAGGUUAAAAGUGGGUACGCGGAGUUAUUUGGCACGGAGCUGGUCAAAGGAAAACCAUAUGAGUUUCACACUGGUGCCAAGGUAGCCGUUUUCACGUGGCACGGCUGCACGGUGGAGCUGCGAGGACGCACGGAAGUUAGCUAUAUCGCUAAAGAAACACCAAUGGUAGUAUAUCUCAAUGUACAUGCAGCAUUGGAACAACAGAGGGUCGCAGCAGAACAGGAGAACACCAGAGGCCCGGUGACCAUGGUGGUGGGCCCGGGUGACGUGGGCAAGUCCACAUUGACCAGGAUCCUGCUCAACUAUGCUGUGAGGAUGGCCAGACGCCCAAUAUAUGUGGACUUGGAUGUUGGCCAGGGGCAUAUCAGUGUACCAGGGACUGUUGGGGCAUUGCUAGUAGAGCGGCCUGCAUCUAUAGAGGAAGGCUUCAGUCAACAGGCGCCUCUGGUGUACCACUUUGGUCACAAGAGCCCCGGGGAAAACCUGGAGCUCUACAAUACUAUAGUUUCACGACUAGCUGAGGUCAUUGCGGAGCGCUGCGAAAAUAAUAAGAAAGCAUCAACAUCAGGUGUAAUAAUCAACACAUGUGGUUGGGUCAAAGGCGCCGGGUACAAAGUUUUAACGCAUGCUGCACAAGCGUUUGAAGUGGAUGUGAUAUUAGUGUUAGACAAUGAAAGACUGUACAAUGAACUGAAGAGGGACAUGCCAAAGUUUGUCAAAGUUGUAUAUCUGCCUAAGAGUGGAGGGGUGGUAGAGAGAUCGUCAAGUCAGCGCGCGGAAGCUCGCGACGCGCGAAUAAGAGAAUACUUCUACGGGAAGCGAACCCCCUACUAUCCACACUCGUUUGACGUCAAGUUCUCCGAUUUGAAAAUUUAUAAGGUGGGCGCGCCGUCGCUACCAGACUCGUGCAUGCCACUAGGCAUGCGGGCAGAAGAUGCGCUUACGAAGCUAGUCAAUGUGUGGCCUUCAGCUGCCUUAGCCCAUCGAGUGCUCUCUGUAUCAUUCGCGGGCGGCCCCGACGACCACGUGCUGCACUGUAACCUCGCCGGGUUUGUCUGUGUGACGGCGGUAGAUAUGGAGCGACAAACUCUGACCAUCUUAUCGCCACAGCCGCGACCGCUUCCAAACACUGUUCUACUACUCUCCGACCUACAGUAUAUGGAUAAUCACUAGCGAAUUCACAUCACGGAUUCCAAUCCAGGAUGAGUCAAUUUAGAAAAUUAUACACAACUACUUUUAUUUCAUCAUCAACAGCCAAUUUGCACCCACUGUUGGACAUGGACAGGCCUCAUCUAAGUAGUGCCAACGGCUUAUUCCAUUUAUCCACCCUAAAACAGCCACGCUAGGGUGUAUACUCGGAAACGUGUUUGUGAACACCCCAGACUAAAAAUAAAUAUUAAUUGUAUAUGUUAAGCCUUAAGACUAAGUUCUUCAAUGAGUGUGUCCUGUCUGUGAUGAUGUAUGGAGUGGAAACGUGGUCACUAACAGUUGGUCUCGUCCACAAAAUAAAAGUCGCUCAGCGAGCUAUGUUAGGCAUCACUCAGGUAUAAAAUCCGGAACGAGGAAAUUCUCAAUAAAAGCCACCAACAUAGCUCACAGGAUUAGCAAACUGAAGUGGCAACGGGCAGGUCAUGUCUGUCGUAGAGCCGACGGCCGUUGGGGCAGACGUGUUCUGGAGUGGAGACCGCGUACCGGUAGGC